CUUUUUAUUGCUUUUAGNAUCGGUUGGACGUGAGGGAUAGGAUUGCGGGUUUGGUUGUUGAAAACCCAAAUCUAGUGAGUUGUGCUGGUGGGUUAGGGUUGAUAUUUUAUCAUCUGUAGACUCUGAGUAACAUAACACUUGUUGAUAUGGCUGCUGGAAAACCUGGGGGUUACAGAGAUAACGAAUUUAGGGGCCGUGAGUCUGAUUUGGGGAUGCAGAGGAAUGGAAAUGGGUAUGCAAAAGUGGAAUAUGAACGGGUUCGGAAUGGGGUUCCGGAUUAUGAGAGGGGUCAGGGUCGGGGUCACGGUCGAGAUAGUAUGGAGUAUAGGACUAAGGUCAGACAGAAGGAUGUAAAGGAAAGGGAGGUGAUAAAUGGUGGGCAUAACUCCAUUUCUACCCGAAGUGAUUCUGGAAGUUGCGGUGGUGGUGGUCGAAGGAGACAUGGGCUUGAAAUGAGUACCAUAGAUCGAGAGCCCGGGGAGCUUUCUAGUGAUGGGUCUGAUGUGGCUAUUGAUUCGGAAACCCAAGUUAAGGAAGUGCCUGACAGAGAAAAGGUGGAAACUGCAUAUCAGCCGUCUCCAGUGCAGAACAAGAAGCGGAAGUUUUCGCCAAUUGUCUGGGAUAGAGACGAUAAGGAGGUAAGCAGGACAGUUAAAAGUAGGAGCACUGUAGUUGCAACUAAUUUACCUCCAUCACCUGCAUUGGUGAAAACUUCUCAGCAGUCACUAAGCCCAAAACCUGAUGCGGACAAGAAUGCAAGGACUUCACCUACAGAUGAUAAUCAGAUUAGGUUAGAAGCGUCGCCUUCUAAAGGUGAACUGAGAUCUGAUUUGUCUGAAAUCCCAGCUGAAACAUUUUCUAUGCAAAUUGAAGAUCAGUUGGCCAAAAAGAUGGAAACAGGGUCUCUCGAUGAUGAUGAUUAUGUACCCACAAGAACCAUUAUUUCUUCCCGGUGGGCUAGCGAUGCUGAUUCCCCUGCGGAUGAAGGCGAGAUUUCGGAUUAUGAAGACAUGUCUAAUUUGAAGAGGAAUUCUGGUGGAGAGUCAACUGAUGUGAGAAGAUUCGGUAAAUCAGUAAGUCCUCAAGUUGGAGAGGUCAAAAGAGAAAGCCCCGUGGGGACUGAAGAGAGGUCCAGUAGGUCGGAUGGACGUGUUAGGUCCUCCAGUAGAGAUAGUUAUCGUGAAGAAGAUGACAAUAACGAAUAUAUGGAAAUAGAUGAGGACCGUAAUCAUGCCAAUGAUAAAGCUAGCCUUUCUGAGACAGAUUCCGAUGAUGAUCGUGGUUCUCGUGGUACCUCGGAUUCCCCACAACCCCAACAAAGGAGUGUUAAUAUGCUUCAAGGUUGCAGGAGUGUCGAUGAGUUUGAGAGACUCAACAAGAUAGAUGAAGGAACGUAUGGGGUUGUAUAUAGGGCCAAGGAUAAGAGGACUGGAGAAAUUGUUGCGCUGAAGAAGGUUAAGAUGGAUAAGGAGAGAGAAGGGUUUCCUUUGACUUCACUGCGGGAGAUAAACAUCCUUUUAUCUUUCGAUCACCCCUCCAUUGUGGAUGUCAAAGAAGUAGUUGUGGGGAGCAAUCUUGACAGCAUCUUUAUGGUCAUGGAGUACAUGGAACACGAUCUUAAGGCAUUGAUGGAGACCAUGAAGCAGCCAUUUAGUCAAAGUGAAGUUAAAUGUCUCAUGCUCCAACUUUUGACUGGUGUCGAGUACCUCCAUGACAAUUGGGUGCUUCACAGGGAUUUGAAAACGUCAAAUUUACUUUUGAAUAAUUGUGGUGAGUUGAAGAUCUGUGAUUUUGGUCUGGCUCGUCAAUAUGGUAGCCCCCUAAAACCAUAUACUCAUCUGGUGGUUACUCUGUGGUACAGGGCGCCGGAACUUCUUUUGGGAGCAAAGCAAUAUUCUACAGCAAUUGACAUGUGGUCCUUGGGCUGCAUCAUGGCUGAGCUAUUAUCAAAAGAACCGCUAUUCAAUGGGAAGACAGAGUUUGAUCAGCUGGACAAGAUAUUUAAGAUCCUGGGAACCCCAAAUGAGACUAUUUGGCCUGGGUAUUCUAAACUCCCUGGUGUUAAGGUGAACUUCGUCAAGCAUCAGUACAACCUAUUGCGUAGGAAGUUUCCACCAACUUCUUUUACUGGAUCGCCUGUGCUUUCUGAUGCUGGGUUCGACCUCUUGAACAAGCUUCUAACUUAUGACCCUCAAAAGCGGAUAACUGCCAAAGAGGCUCUCAACCAUGAAUGGUUCCGCGAAGUUCCACUUCCCAAAUCAAAGGAGUUUAUGCCUACAUUUCCAGCACAUCAUGCACAAGAUAGGCGAAUGAGAAGAGUAAUGAAGAGUCCUGACCCAUUAGAAGAGCAGCGGGUCAAGGAGCUGCAGCAAGGAGAAUUUGGCACUGGUGGUCUUUUUGGCCAGUAGUGUCUGAAUUGGCUUCUUUGGAUUCUGCAGUAUCAAAGUCAUGUAGCUGAGGUGAGAGCUAUGGGCAGAAAGGCAAGAAUUGUUUGUGAGAAAAUCUCAAAUUAUGCUGUUUUUAGCAGGCAUUUUUUGCUGAGCUAGGUGGCAAACAUUUCCUGGCCUCGUACAUGAAUCAGACGCCGUGCGGGUUGAAAUUUAGUUGGACUUCAGUGAUAUAAAUAACCUGUCAUUGACGUGUCUUGCCUGGAAAGAGAUGGUGUGUAAAGCGGAGGGGAGAUUCUUAGCUUUUCAUAACCGAAGAAUGUGGCAGAAGUGUAGCAUCCAGGAGUACCCAAGCAAGCAGGUUGAGGGCCAUGACCUGGCAAUAUUAUAAAUCAAAUUAUUUUCCGUUGAGAUUUUCAUAUUUGUGCUCUGAAGUCCAAGAAAGGUACACAGCACCUUGUUAUUUGUCUCCUGAACUUGCUGCCCCCUUUUUUUUCCUGGUACUUUCUAUGGUCUAUAUAUUUUUGGUAUUUUCUCUGUCCAAGGCUUACAGUGCAGUCUGGAAGUGAUAGUGAAUACAUGAUGUUCGUCACUACUUUCCAGAAAUUCCUGUUUUUCAUUUAAAGGGUCUAAAUGGUCUUUGUUAACUUCUGCUCUCUUUAUCUUCCUUCUUUUUAUGGCUUGCAAACAAAACAUACUUAAAUUGGGGAUUGGAAUUCAAAGUUUCUUGAAACCAUUUGAAUGUAUUUGCUGGA